GUAGGCACAUCUGCCAUUGCCUAGCUAGUUUUCAACAUGGCGACCGGUGUUUGACAUCAGCUAGCAUUCGUAGCUCUUCUCAAUGGAUUUAAUUUGAGCGGACACAUAUUUUCCAUACAUUUUAACUCCACAUCUUUAGCAAAAAGUAAUAUCGAACUAAGCAAGCAAGACGCUUUCUACAUUACCCGGCCUGGUAAAGAGACUAGCAGUAGCUAACAUCAGCCAGUUGGCUACCGGCGUUAUCUAUACGGCUAGCUAGCUCCAGAUACACAAUAUAUCAUACAUAGACUAUUGAAUGCCAUUCAGCUUGGUAGUUGCUGUCAGUUCGUAUUUUCAUUUUUUUCCGAAUAGUGUUGAUUAUUUAGCUAGAUAGCUACCUAUGUCUUUCAAAGUCUCUCCAAGGCUGCCUAAAUUAGCCGCUAGCUAGUGGUGCAUUGAUGGCUCGUUGAUAAGAGGUAAAUGGGACGUGAUUUCUUUGUAAGAUUGCUAAUGAUUACUCUCUUUCAGUGUCAGUCAAAAUGGCAAGCCCAAGGACUAGAAGAGUUUUGAAGGAAGUGAGAACUCAGGAGGAAAACAACCUUUGCUUUGAGUGUGGGGGCUUCAACCCUCAGUGGGUUAGUGUUACCUAUGGGAUCUGGAUUUGUCUGGAGUGUUCUGGCAAACACAGAGGCUUGGGAGUGCACCUUAGCUUUGUGCGCUCUGUUACCAUGGACAAGUGGAAGGACAUUGAGCUGGAGAAGAUGAAGGCGGGAGGGAACGGAAAGUUCCGUAUGUUUCUGGAACUCCAAGAUGAUUAUGAUGCCACUUGGACUAUGCAGGACAAAUAUAACAGCAGAGCUGCUGCACUUUUCAGGGACAAGGUUGUAACCAUUGCAGAAGGGAAGGAGUGGUCUAUUGAAACUUCCUCUGCCAAGGACUGGACUCCACCUCAGCCCAAGACAGGACUUUCGUCGUCUCAUCGCUCAGGGGGCCCGGGGCAGAACUCGGGCAAACCUUCAGACAAGGCCUUUGAGGACUGGUUGAGUGACGAUGUGAACUCUUAUCAGAGUGGUGGCAGUUAUAGUGGGAAUCAGGAGAACCGCUAUGUUGGCUUUGGGAAUACGCCGACUCCAGAGAAGGAGGAUGAUGUCCUGAACAACGCGCUAUCUUCCAUUUAUUCGGGCUGGAGCAAUUUCACCAUCGGAGCUAGCAAAAUUGCUGCAGUUGCCAAGGAUAAUACUGCAAAACUUGCAACUUCAGCAACCCUGAAGGCCACAGAGUUAGGACAGACAUUAAAUGAGAAUGUUAUCAAACCUACCCACGAAAAGGUAAAAGAUGGCAAGUUGCUAGAUGAAAUGUCCGUCAGCAUUGCUGGGCUAGCAUCCAAGGUCCAGGGCGCUGGUGCAAAAGGCUGGAAAGACAUGAGCGACUUCUUUGCUGGAAAGCCAGAGGACGGGUCAGAAGGAGAGAGCUACCAGAACAUGGAUGCCACUGAGGGUUACCAGGGCAACUCCUCAGGCCCAGAACCAGGCCAGGCCCCUGCGCAGGACUUCUGGGAGACCUUUGGGAGCACCAGCUCCUCCAAGCCCAAGAAGUCUCCAAGCAGCGACAGUUGGACCAACGUCGACAACUCUGCCACAGAGAAGAAGAGUUCUGACAGCUGGGACAACUGGGGCUCGGAGUUGGCAACCAACAACAAACACAGCACUGGGGACAGCUGGGAGGCCUGGGACAACAACUGGGACAACAGUGGCAGAGAGACCAAAGGCAAGAAGAGCCCCGCUGCUGCCCCUGACAAACCUGCUGAGGAAACCUGGGACAAUGCAGACUGGUAGAGGCCUCUCACUCCCUCUCCUCACCUGCACUGUUUCUCCCUUUUUCUCUAUCCCUCCUUGCCUAUUUUUCCUUCACCGCCUUCUUUCCUUCCUUUCCUGGCACUUUUACAGUUGCACAGUCCUGUCUCUAACCUGGGCUGCGCUCAAUGCCAGUUCUGUGUUAUGUUAUUCCUCAAUAAGAAUCAAUUGAAAGUAAAUUGAGCUCCAUGCAUAUGGAGUAUACCUGAAUAUUCACAAACUUUAAAGCAGUCUGUAGUGUUUUAUUUUGCUGGAUGUGUGUAAAUAAAGUUACCUUUAAUUGCAGGAGUUCAAAAAUCAAAGUGAGAGCAGGGGCAUAAUCAUAUGUACUAUUUAAAGUAGUUUCCAUAUUAGAAGGCAAGGUGCAAUUUUGGUUUUAUGACUAUAGCAGGGCUAUUCAACUAUAUUCUUAGAAGGGCCAGAUGUAAAGAAAUAAAGGUUAAUUGCAGGGGGGCUGGAUAUUUCCCACGUGAUUAUUCUAAGGAGACACCAAUAAAGACAUUUUUGUCAAAUUUAAAUGUUGCCAAAGUAAUUAGAAAAGAAGUGGAGGGUGCCCAACCAACGUGAGUUGAGGUGCAACCACUUUUUAUUUUUAUAAUUGAAAAAGAAAAGAUGCAAUGCUUGCUCACCGUUUUAUUUAUUUAAACCACUAUUAAAAGCAAUUAGGCCAUUAGAAAAUCAUCAAACUAAGCAUCUCAAUAAAAACCAUUAAAAUAAAAAAAAGAUAAUGCCAAGUAUUCUUUUAAUUCAUUUCCCUCAGUCAUUAGGUGCAUGUUUUUGUCAAUCUUUUCUAACGAGUCUCUGUGAGCAUCAGCGAGGGAAACAGGAGACAUGUACGUGUUUGUAGCUUUCAGGAAUGGGGUCAUAAUAUUUUGUAGCUUAAACUGUUCAAACACUAGAGACAAAUUCAUAUGAACAAAAAAUGAUCAACAUGUCACAUAGGUGCUAAAUAUGCCCAAAACUACACUUUAGACAACCACCAUACUGCUUGUCAUUUUGGCUGGGAUUUUAUUUUAGAUCUUUUAAUGUUCAGAAUUUAUCAAAGGGCCAGUCUAAAUUAAUAAAUGGGCCGGAUCUGGCCCGCGGGCCGCCAGUUUGAAUAGCCCUGCUCUAUUCAGGCGUUCAAGUCAUCCUAACUAAAGAUGGCAGCAGUCACCUUCUGAACCAGAGUGUCUAGAGUAAGAGGAGCUCACUGGUUGGCCCAUGAGAAACAGGGAUUUCCACUUUGUUUCCACAUGAUGCAUAAUGAAGUUGACAAAGACCUGGGCUGUAAUGUGUUUGUCUUGUAAAGCCAGCAUCCCUGGAUUGCACCCCAACAGUGCUGUGUGUGUUGACUAAAACUUUCAGACAACGUGGUGUCAAUUUAUGACUGCAACUAACCUUGGUAGGAUGUAGUUGCUGGUAAAUGUAGUUGCUGGAUUCAUAUGAUGCAAGUACAUUAUUUGAACAAUAUUUUUUUAAUCUUAUACAUUCUCAGCCCUCUUUUCAUUGAAACCCUAAGAGAAGACUGAGUCAGUACAACUUGGUUAUUUUGAUGAUGAACAGGUGAUGAAGUACAUUUUGGUAUAUAGGCCAUCAUUGUAAAUAAAAAUGUGUUCUUAACUGACUUGCCUAGUUAAAUAAAGAAAAAUAUAUACAACCCUAUCUAAAAAGAGAUUGAAAGUAUAAAAGUACUAUUCUACCACCCAAUCGGUGGUUGUUGAUCGUAUUAAUCUCAUCUGCUAACUGUAAUAUGAAUGAUCAUGUGUUCAUUUAAUGUACAGUAUGUGUGUUAAUCUGUAACAUGAUUGUGUGUGUUGAACUGGGCACAUUUGUUUUUGGGGUGACUUAUGCUUCAUUGCAUGUAUGUAAUACUGCCAAACCUGUGGGACCACCACAGCAACCUUCUGUGACCUUCAUGAACUUCAUUGACCUUUAGUGGGAUCUAGUCUAUGUUGUGUCUGUCCUCUUAACACUAAAAAUCAACACUUUCUUAGUGUGCUGAGCUUUUCAGUCUCGGUAAGUGUUGCAUCCGAAUUUGUUGAUCUCCAAGUAUGCACAUUUAUGAACUCAAAUGUUGAAUCAAACGACAGGCAAAGAACACAUCUCAGGCCAUUCAUGUAAUCUUUAAAGGAAAGUUUGAUAUAAAAUUUGGAUUUGUGCAGUGAAUUUCUGACAAACAUUCACUUCUCAAGGAGUGAUGUUGAAUACUGCUGAUUUGAAAGCAAGCUAUUUGCUGGACUUCUAAAAUGAGCCACAUGUUUUACAUGGAAGUGCAGAAUGUGGUUCCAGAGAUUCACUCAAAUCAGCCAUGUAGGCUAGGCCUAAUAAUGGCCUUGUUCGAGUUAUACAUGUUUUGAGUGACUUUACCAAGGUCACUUUUAACAGAUUAAUUUAAGUUGUUUGCAGUCUCCCAUUGUAAGGAGGUGGAACCCUCAAUUUCACCCCUGUAUGUGUGAGAGAGUGAGGCGUUGCUUAGAUAAUUAUUCUACUCCUGAGAAAGAUGACGAGGCUACUAUUUCUUAAUUGCACCAGAUUGUUGGCAUUUCCUUCCCCUGGCUGUUUUUUUUUGGUGGAACCACAGUUUAUGGGCUGAUAUGGCAUGCAUUGUCUUGUGUGAAAGAAAAGUGCUUCUGCUAAAAGGGCAACAAAGACCAUCCGUUAAGAGUUGCAUGUUUUCUAAACAAAAAAACAUAAUGACCGGAGAUGUAAACUAGGAUAACUGUGCAAUGUUUGUGUAGUAGUGCAUCUUCUGUAAUAGUGCUCCAUCUCCCCUGCACUCUAUUUUAAUGUUACCAGCCUUAAAGAGCUGACCUCAGUCUAUUGAUAAACCAUUGUCAGUUUGGUUUGAAGAGUGUGUGUUCUCCCUUAUUAGCUGGACAGCAUGUAUGAUAAAAUAUUAAAGUAAAACGAGGUGCUGCUGUUUAGUUUGCCUCCAUAUUUCUUAUGCUUUGAUUUAUUUUUUUGUACUGUAAGUUUUAUGAAGACUUAACAUUUUCAGUUAAGACUAAUCAGUCUAGUGGAACCAGCCUGAAGGUGAACGUUGUGAUCAUGCUAGUUCCACCAGGGAAAAUCGCAUCUUCUUACGGUCCCAAAAUGUUGUUUUUUUUAAUCAAUGAAUUCCAGUGCUUUAAAAGAUGUUAAAUGUUAGAUCCUGUUUAUAGAUCAUUUGGUAUGUAUGAAAUAUAGGCCUAAAAGAACUUCUCACAAAAGUACAAUAUGUGCUCUUUGUCUAUUCAUGUUUUGGCUGUCACAUUGGAGAUUGCAACCCACAAUAUUUUGUAGAUAUCAUUGUUCAGUCAAAUUGCUAUUUUUCGAUAUUGUAAAUUAAAUGGUUAAUGCAUCCUAAUGUAACUACGGUUUGAAGAAAUAAAUAGUUGAGGAUUAUUUUUAAAAACAUAAUUGAUAUUUCUAAAUGCAUUGGGCGUUGGCGAGUUUUCUUUGAGUUCCACUAACUUAUCUAUCUAUACACGCGUUCCAUAAUGGUGAUUGAUUGAAGAUAAUUUCCUCCAGUGCCCUUAACUCUAAUGUAAACCAUAAGAUUACGGUAGGCUUGAUCCUUAUAGUACUGUACUCUAUAAAUAUAUAACAGUUCCGGUUGUGGGUGUAUUUCUGUGCACCACCUGUUGUCUGUAUGCUCAAUAAAAACGUAUACAUGUA